CCCCCCACAACUUUUUCCUCUCAGUUCUUUAUUUGGCCAUGAAUCUCCAUUUCCCUUCUCUCACACUCCAUAGCUACACACUAGCUACACACUUUGGAGCUUGUUGCUGUGAGGAGAAUGCCUCCAAGAACAGGGUGUAGGCCAUUUGAGUGUGUGAGAAGAGCUUGGCAUAGUGAAAGGCAUCAACCCAUUAGAGGAUCUCUCAUUCAAGAGAUUUUCAGGGUUGUUAGUGAAGUUCAUUGUUGUGCUACUAAGAAGAAUAAGGAGUGGCAAGAGAAGCUCCCCAUUGUCGUCCUUAAAGCUGAGGAGAUUUUGUAUUCUAAAGCUGACUCUGAGGCUGAAUACAUGGAUGUUACUACUCUAUGGACCCGUAUAAAUGAAGCGAUUAAUACGAUAAUUCGGCUUGAUAAGGAUGCUGAAACUGGGGAAUUUCUUCAUCCUUGUAUUGAAGCUGCUCUCUAUUUGGGUUGCACACCGAGAAGAUCGUCGAAGAGUAACCGAGGUAGUAAUCUGAGGGGCUACCUUAAUUCCUGUACUCCACAGGUCUUAGAUACAUCACCCAACUUCACCAACCCCAUUAGACCAACUGUUUUGAGUUCACAACAUUUAUCACAUUGUCCAAAUUUGUCAAAGCAGACGAGAAAUGUACCGAAAUCCGGAAUGGAAAACCAAAAACAUGUUGGUGUUCCUAGCACAAACCUGACUUCAACUGUAUAUAAGAAUAUCUGUCCAUCGAUUCGUAACAGACAGUUCCUAACAGAGACUGUUGCUGGAUGGGAUAUGUUUUCUUUGUGUCCAUUGUAUCAAGGAAGAAAUCAACACGUUCGUGAUAUCGAAAUCCAACCAAAUCCAGUCUACAACAAUCCGAGUUUCUCUGGUCCAGCUCCAUUCAAGUACUUCCAUUCCAAUGAUGUGAUUCCUCCAAGAAACAACAGAGUUGAUUUGGUAAAUAGUACUACUCUUCACAAGCAACAAAAAACAACUUGUGAUCUAUCGUUGCGGUUGGGCUCUCUCUUCGUUCCACACCCGAGCAUCGACGACAAUCAAUCCAAGAUGAUCAACAACAUCGAUGCUAACACAUCUCAAAAGCAGAUCACGAGUUCGUCUGAUCGCUCAUUUCAACUAGACAAAACGUUCCCUUUCUUCCCUCUCCAUGGUACAUAUGAUGCAUUAGAUUUCCAUUAGUAGUGAGAGAGCAAAGCUUCUAAAUCAAUUUAGAUGAUAGAAAGCAUUCACUGGCACGAUCAAUCUCUUUCUAUUGUUCAGUUCGAUUAGCUUGUGAUGUUCUUGCACGUGCUGUUAGUAACAAAGUUAUAGGACCUUAGCCUUGUAUCGUUUUAAGUUACCGCUAUAAUCGAGCUUUGUCGAUUCAGUAUGAUCUAUUGUUGAAAAGGCAUUGAGAUAGUAACAAAGGUCAUUUGAAUCAUGUGAAUAUCUUCAUGGAAGGUUGACAAUCUGCAUCAUCAUCUUCUUUAUUA